AUGGCUUCUCUUUUGCAAAAAUCGAGGCGAUUUAGUCUGUUGUUUUCUGUAGUGGUAGUAUUAGGAAUGGUGACAUUGUCAAAUGGAUAUGCUUCUCAUUUCAAGCCAAGCAAAUGGAAAUACGCUCAUGCAACUUUUUAUGGUGAUGACAGUGCCUCUGAAACCAUGGGAGGAGCAUGUGGAUAUGGAAAUUUGUUCAACAAUGGGUAUGGUACAAAUACAGCUGCAUUAAGCACAAUAUUGUUCAAUAAUGGAUAUGGUUGCGGUAGUUGCUAUCAAAUAAUGUGUGUCGGAUCAAAAUGGUGCAAUAGGGGUCAUGGGCACAGCCCGACUUCCAUUACUAUCACUGCCACAAAUCUAUGCCCUCCAAACUGGGCUCAAGAUAGUAACGCCGGUGGCUGGUGUAACCCUCCUAGAGCUCAUUUUGACCUCUCCAUGCCUGCCUUUAAGAAACUUGCCUUUUGGAAGGCUGGCAUCGUUCCAGUCCAAUACCGGAGGGUCCCAUGCGCGAAAAAGGGAGGGAUAAAAUUUAGCUUCCAAGGGAACAACUACUGGUUGCUAACAACGGUAAUGAACGUAGGUGGUGCCGGUGACAUUGCCAAAAUGUGGGUGAAAGGAUCUAAAACCGGAUGGAUUAGCAUGAGCCACAAUUGGGGAGCUUCAUACCAAGCUUUUGGUCAAUUAGGAGGUCAAUGUCUUUCUUUCAAAAUCCAAUCUUACUCCACUCGUGAGACAAUUGUUGCUUACAAUGUUGUCCCACCUUAUUGGAGUGUAGGCAUGACUUACCAAGCCAAAGUCAACUUCCGAUGA